CUACCUGUCGCGCUGGAGCAGGUAAGCACGUCAAUCGAAUUCCACCAGGCACGCAGAUAGUGGCAAUCUUUCGGAUAUUCUAUCGCCACGUGGACAUCGUUGGCUGCUGCUGAUCGCUCUCUCGGCGCUGGCCCUGCGCCCCGGUAGCUCGAUCCGUGUGGACGAUCCUCCGGCGAUGGAUCCCAAGAUUGCAGUGUUCGCGGUGGGGAGCUCCUGGAGUGGCGAGGCGGCGUUUGGAUGCAUGAGGACGAGAGUAGGGUAUUGCGGCGGGAGCAAGCAGAGCCCCGAGUAUCGAAAUAUCGGCGAUCACGCGGAAUCCGUGGAGAUCGGCUCUCGUGCGCUACGAGCAGCUGCUAGACGCGUUCCGACGCAAGUUUUUGGACAAGGACCUGAUGUGGGCGAGCAAUACAGUGAGCAAAGAAAGAGAGCAAGCAAAGAGACCAUACACAAUGGUUGCUACAGAGAUCGAGCCUCUCGAAACGUUCUAUCCCGCGGAGCUAGAACACCAGCUCUUUGGCGAGCUCGCGGAAGAGGACUUUGUGCGAUCGAGUGCCGCGGCGCGAUUCAAUGGCUACGCGGCUGGAAUGUGUCCGGCUCCAGUGAUCAAGGAACUGGAUAGCAAAGUUAGCCAGUUCAUGCAGCACAGGCAAAAACUAAGCUUGCUCUUCCAGUGAAGGAGCUAGCUUUUCGCGAUUGUCGCUGUGGGAGACAAUCUCGAUCUCCCAGUGACAAUGGCGGACAUAUCUGCCGUACACUGUUUUGGUGUGCUGGGGAAAAGUCUCCACUUUCUACCAUCUAUUCAGGUGCUAUAGUGGAUGCCAUUCAGGUCCAGAGCGUUGAGGGCCUGCGGUCUUUCCACGGGACAAAUAGCUGCAAUGGAUGUUCUCCCAUCGAUCCGCCUCAUAAACUUGGAGGAACUUGCUAUCCAACUUUGUUGAGUUUUUGCUGAUGUCA